UGUAUCGAUGACGUAACAGAAAGAUUUUACCUAAUGUCGGUAAUUUUUGUCUAUGAGGAUUUUGAUUAGGUGGAAGUGUUGACGGAAUCCGGAAUUAACAGAGCAAAAUUAAAUCACUUGGGUAUUUCUUUUUACUGAGUUAGUUUCAAUAUCUUUCCUUACAACUGAUUUUAUCUGACAUAUGUCAGUUUUAUAUUUAUAAAAAGACGUGGCAGUAAUGCGUUUUUUCUAUUGUUGACAACAAACAUAUAAAAGUUGAACAUUUUUCUUGUGUCAUUUAAAGUGUUUGGUACUUAGCAUCUCUCACAAAAAUGGGACUUACUAUCUCUAGUAUAUUCAAUCGCCUUUUUGGCAAAAAGCAGGUUCGAAUUUUGAUGGUUGGGCUUGAUGCAGCUGGUAAGACUACCAUCUUAUAUAAGUUGAAACUUGGAGAAAUAGUCACAACUAUUCCAACAAUAGGAUUUAAUGUGGAGACAGUGGAAUAUAAAAACAUUUGUUUUACUGUAUGGGAUGUAGGUGGUCAAGACAAGAUCAGGCCUUUAUGGAGGCAUUAUUUCCAGAAUACACAAGGUUUAAUUUUUGUGGUAGACAGUAAUGAUAAAGAUAGGAUUUCAGAAGCACAGGAUGAGCUUUCUAAAAUGCUCAAGGAAGAUGAACUUUCUGAUGCUGUCUUGCUGAUUUUUGCAAACAAACAAGAUUUACCCAAUGCUAUGACUGCUGGUGAACUCACAGAAAGAUUGGGAUUAAAUUCCCUCAGAAAUAGGAGAUGGUACAUUCAAGCCACUUGUGCAACACAAGGAGAUGGCCUGUAUGAGGGAUUAGAUUGGCUAUGCAAUGAAUUAGCCAAAUCCUCUUAAGCUUGUGCUUGCGAUGGAUUGCCAUUCAAUUUUUCUAUUCCUGUUUCCAUGUCUUCUGUUUGCACUUUAUUGCAAAACAGAAAAUUCAGAUGACUGUUGCAGAAUGUAUAACUGACACCCCAGUCAACUAUUAAUUAAAAUUGUAUUUGGAUCCCCAAAAGGACCUGAUAUCAAAUGUUCCACCUGCAGGAUUACAUACUGAUAUGACCAUAUUACUAAUUGCUGUGCAAUUUACAGAACGGUGAAGGAUUUAAAUAUAUAUUUGGGACCAAUUAUAUAUUAUUGCUUUUGUGUGUUACACAUUUUAUGAGCACUGUUAAAUAUAUGUUUGGGAUUUAUAUAUAGUAUAUUAAAGCUCUUAAUCUUUUCCUUUAAAGCACAUAUUUGUAGAAAAUAUGAAUGAAUGACUUUUAUGUUUUAAUUAAAUGCAACUUUCUCUGUGUGGCCUGA